AUCUUAGUUUAAACACGACUCAGUAACUGAGAGCACAACACGCAGGACAAAAUUCCAAAAUAUUGUUGUUUCAGAUUUAGGAAUUUCUUCUUUUCUGUUUUUUUGCUAGAGCGACUUAGGAUUCCCUAGCUAAGACUACAACCAAGAGAACCUCUAGCUCUAGUCUCAAAUACAACAUGGCCGAGAAGAAAUCUGAGGACCAAAAAGAUAAUGCCAUUGGAUUCGAGAAUCGAACAAGUCGCGUGGGGGCCCAAGGUCGUCAGCAAGAACAGAAUAAUGCUAUAUUUGCUAGACUUUUUGCCACUUUGGAUGCUGAACAUCGCAAAUUGAGGGAGUUGGAAGAGCGCAGAUCGCAGCUUAUUGAAGAAAUGAAACAUUUGAGGACUCUACUCUUUACGGAGAAUAAAAAACUUAGGCAGACCGUGGCUCCCAUACCGGGAAGUAGUCCAUUACCAAUUCCAGCUACCGGUGUUAGUGCCAUCGUGAAAAAUAGUUCUGAGAAACCUUCGAGCUCUGGGACCUCUCCCAUUAUUAAAUCUGCGCGUUUGGAACGUCGACAGUCCAAUAAAUCGGUUACUAUUGCCGAACCACCAACACAAAAUUUUAACACACGCGAAAGACACAGGGCAAGUAGUUCCCAAGGUUUAAAGCAAAAGGGAAAUCGUCGAAGUCUUAUGGUUACAACAAGGAAAAUCAAACAGAGAAUCACUUUAGAUAACAUAUCAAAUACCAGAGAGGACAUGUUUGACGAGAUCGAUGAAUCCGCUUUGACAACUUCUGUGGGCUCCAAUUUGCGUACUUUGGAGCAGCGAAGAUCCGAAUUAGACGAUCGAGAAGAUGUGGACGAAGUUUUGGUCUCGCUGCCAGCAUUAUUUACAUUUAUGGAUUCCCAAUUUACAGAGCACUCCAUUUUACCAAGUGAUCCUGAGCCAACCAACGAUUCUAAAACAUUCGAAGUGUUUCCCAAUACCGAUCAAGAUCCAAGUUUUUAUCUGCCAAGUGCCGAUUCCUUGUUUAAGGAUAUACUGGGAACGGAUUCACCCUCCUUAGAACUGAAUAUGCCAGAAGUGUCACUUGAAAUGCAUCCAGUUGGCAUUAUCGAAUGCUCAACGAAUGUGGCGGAAAUCGUUGAAAAUGAACACGAAACGGAAGCGCAAACUGAUUAAAAACCCCUUAACUUUUAGGGCUUUCUUAGAUUCUUAUGAUGGCUAAUUUAACUUUAAACUGGAGCGAUUACUAGAUCUGACAACAAUAUUUUACAAAUACAGACAUUACAGCAAAUAA